AUGUCUGCCCCAACCGCAACUCAACAAGGACCUAAGGUGCUGCUCACCGGCGUGUCGGGCUUCGUUGGCUCGCACGUUCUCGAUCAGCUGCUCAAGUCGGACCGUAACUACCACGUCACCUGCGUGAUCCGAUCCAAGGCCAAGACCGAGCCGUGGCUGUCAAAGCAGUUCGCCGACGACUACGGUAGCCGUGUCGAGGUUACUGAAGUCAAGGACCUGCUGGCUUCAGGAUGUCUCGAUGACGCCGUCGAGGGCAAGGACUACAUUGUCCACGUCGCCUCGCCCUACGUGCUCUCAGCUAAGAACAACAAGCGGGACAUCAUCGACCCUGCCGUCCACAUGACGCGCAAUGUCCUCGAAGCGGCGCUCAAAGCCGAGAACAAGGCCAAAUCUGCUGGACAGACGCCGCAGCUCAAACGCAUCGUGGUCACCUCGUCCUUUGCAGCGAUCCUCAACCCGCUGCGUGGCAUCGAGAGGCGCGACUACACGUACACGGACAAGGACUGGCAACCCAUCCAGUACGCCUUUAUGGGCAUGUUCUACUCGCCCCUCGCCUACCUCAUCUCCAAAACCCUUGCGGAGAAGUCAGUGUGGGACUUCCUUGAGAAGCACAAGCCCUCCUUCGAUGCUGCCACGGUCAACCCACCCAACAUCUACGGACCCAUCAUCCACGAGGUCAAGUCGGAGGACGCCAUCAACACCUCAUCCGCCGAACCGUGGAAGCUGUACAAGGCCGGUGGACCCAAGGGGGAUGGCAAGGUGCCACAGGAAAGCUUCUGGUCCUUCUGCGAUGUCCGAGAUGUGGGACGAAUCCAUGUGGCGGCGCUCGACAACCCAGCGGCGCACAACACGAGGUACCUCGCCUACGGCGGCAGCGUCUCAUGGCAAGAAGUGGCAGAUGAGAUCCACGACAACCCGGAGUACCCACAGGAGCUCAAGGAUCACAUUCCCAAGGGCGAACACGGCAAGAAGACCCGUCCUUCCUCGCUGUCCAAGAUGGACACCAGCAGGGCAGAGAAGGAUCUGGGGAUCCAGUUCCGCGACUGGAAGGAAUCGGUCAUCAAGGGCUCGCUCUACAGCUUUAUCGAGAUCGAGAAGAGCUGGGGCCGAUGA